AUGAUGGACAAGAGGAGGAAUGAUGGGAUAUACAGCUUUGCAAUGGAUCUGGAAACAGGCGAUUUGACAGAGAGAAAGUCUACAAUGCUACAAUUUCACGUUCUCGAAAUUUCAGGCAGGCUCGGUCUGGCUGCACAGCGGGACACAGAGAAGCAUUGUGUUGAGGUUUAUAAUCGUUUGAAAUCUUCAGAAUUGGGAUCUUGGCAGAGGUGUGGUCCUCAUACUUGGGACUACACCAUGAACUUUACUCUUCUAUGUGUUUAUUUACCCUACCUUCAACAUGACAUUGAUGAAAGCACCGCGCUCUCUACCAAGUCAGCUACCAUGAAGUGCGUUGAUUACGCGAGAGAUUUGAUAUCAAGAUUGUUUAGUCAGCAAUCCGGUGCUUUUGAUUGGUAUGGUCGAGGAUUUGGACAAUACUAUGCUGACCUGUCAAAGAAGACACUCACCGGAGUAUACACAGAGCAGGAUCUAAUUCUUUUCAUGAGUGCUUUGAGCUUGUCUUAA